AUGGCUCCCUCCAAGAAGAACCUCAAGGCGACGAAAAAAUUCGAAAAGAGGCACCUUACUGGUGUUCUCGACAAGCGAAAGGCCAAUGCCAAGAUCAAGCAGCGACGCCAGCUGCAAGACAAGAAAAAGGCGAAGCGCACCAAGGAUGCUGAGUUUUUCAAAGGGUCAAACGAGGGUGCCGAGGAUGGCGAGCCCAAGAAACCUGUGGCCGUCAAGGGUAAGAAGGUCACUGAGAUGAGCGUCGACGACUUCUUCCACGGCGGCUUCGACGAAAUCAUUGAUAGCAAGGCCGAUGCUGGAAAGCUCGGCAAGCGGAAGCGUACCAAAUCCCAAGCCAAGUCUCUGUCCAAGUCCGAGGGAGACGCCGAGGCGAGCGAUGCCAGCGAUAGCGAUAUGAACAUGUCGCUUGGUGAGCAGCCGGCCGAGAGCGACAGCGAGGACGGAACCGACGACGAACACGGCAUGAGCAAGGAGACCAUGGACAAUCUCGCCGAGAAGGACCCCGACUUUUACAAAUUCUUGAAGGAGAAUGACCCUGAGGCCUUGGAUUUCGAUGACAACACCGAUCUGGCCGAAGUCGACGAGCUUAGCGAACAUGCGUCGGACGACGAGCAGCCGAAGAAGAAACGAAAGAAGAGCAAAUCCGCCGAGGAGGAGGAAGAGGAGCCAUCGCAGAGCAAAGAGUUAACCCGGGCGACCGUUGCGUCGUGGAAGGAAUCGAUGGCUCAGACGAAAUCUCUUCGCGCCGCCAGACAGGUCGUGCUCGCUUUCCGCGUCGCCGCCCACUUGAACGAGGCCGACGAGGACAACGAGACGUCGAUGCGCUGGACCAUCAACAGCCCGGAAGUCUUCAACGACGUCGUCGUCCUCGCGCUCAAGGAGAUUCCCGUCAUCGUGAGCCAUCAUCUCCCCAUAAAGGAGUCGGCCGCCGGCAAGGUCUAUGUGCCGACCGAGACCAAGAAAUUCCGGACGCUGUCUCUGCUCCUCAAGUCGUACACCUCAUCCGUCAUGCAUCUCCUCGGAACGCUCUCGGACGACCAGACGCUCAAGCUGACGCUCUCUGCCCUCACACCCAUCCUACCCUACCUGCUCUCCUUCAAGAAGCUGAUCAAGGCCCUGGCCAAGUCGGUUGUGAACUUCUGGGCCCAGCCGGCAAGCUCCGAGACGACGCGGAUCACCGCCUUCCUCGUCCUCCGGAGACUUGUCGUCAUUGGCGACAAGGGCAUACGCGAGACCGUCCUCAAGGCCUCCUAUCAAGGUCUCGUCCAAGGCUGCCGGGUCACCAACCACAACACCAUCAAGGGCAUCAACCUGAUGAAGAAUUCUGCCGCCGAGCUCUGGGGCAUCGACCCCACCGUUGGCUACACGACGGCCUUUAGUUUCAUCCGCCAACAGGCGAUCCAUUUACGCAACAGCAUCGUCAACAACAAGGACGAUUCGUUCCGCAUGGUCUACAACUGGCAGUUCACCCACUCGCUCGACUUUUGGUCCUGCGUCCUUGCCGAGCACUGCAGCCCGCUCAAGGAGGCCGAGGCUGGAAAGGAGAGCCAGCUCAAGCUGCUCAUAUAUCCCCUCGUCCAGGUCACCCUUGGCGCCCUGCGGCUCAUCCCCACGUCCGUGUACUUCCCUCUACGCUUCCACCUCAUCCGCUCCCUGCUCCGCAUUUCCCGUGCGACCGACACGUACAUUCCCUUGGCCUCGUCUUUGCUCGAGGUCCUCUCGUCGGCCGAGAUGAAGAAACCGCCCAAGGGCACGACACUCAAGGCCUUUGACUUUUCCGUCGCCUACAAGGCCCCGAAGUCGUACCUUCGCACUCGCGUCUACCAGGACGGCGUCGGCGAGCAGGUCAUCGAGCUCAUGAGCGAGUACAUGCUCCUCUGGAGCACCUCCAUCGCCUUCCCCGAGCUGGCCUUGCCCAUCAUCAUCCAGCUCAAGCGCUGGCUCAAGCAGUCUCGGUCCAAGAGCCAAGGGAACAAGAACGCCAAGUUCACCACCCAGCUCGUCCUUCUCGUCCAGAAGCUCGAGAUGAACGGAAAGUUCAUCGAGGAGCGCCGGGCCAAGGUCGACUUUGCGCCGAGGGACCGCACUCAGGUAGAUGCCUUCCUCAAAGGUUUUGACAUCGCCAAGACACCGCUCGGUGCAUACGUCGUCGGCCAGCGCAAGGCGAGGGAGGAGAGGGUCAAGGUGCUCGAGGAAGCGAGGAAGGAGGACGAGGCGAAGAGGAGGGAAGAGGAGAGGGCGGAGCUGGAUGGUGAUGGCGAGAGCGAAGACGAGAUGGAAAUGGAGGACGACGAGGACGAGGACGAGGAAGACGAUGAGGGCGAGGACGAGGAGUAA